UCCCCUCUUAAACCCUAAUCUCUCUCUCUCUCUCUCUCUCUCUCUCUCUCUUGUACACAAAAUCCUCUGUAACCCUAAAACUAUGAGACACCAAUGGCGCUUGCUUCUCCUCCGACCCAACCACCUUCUCCGCUCUCAGCUCCACAUUUCCACGCACUCCUCGCAUUUCCAGCCCUUGAAGAGAGUGACUCAGAUCACAUGAUCAUAGCCGAUAUUUUUGCAAAGCCUAAGGGUGUGGAUGAUAUUAGGGAAGAGUUGGAGCUGAGUAAUGUUGUGGUUAAUCAUGAAUUUGUAUUGAAGGUUUUAAGGAAGAUCGAGUCGAGCCCCGAUGUCGCGAAGAGGUUUUUCGAUUGGAUUCUGGAGAGUGAUAGUGAGAGAUUGAGCUCCAAAUCGUAUAAUUUGAUGCUGGGGAUCCUGGGUGUUAAUGGGUUUGUGAAGGAGUUUUGGGAUUUGGUUGAGGCUAUGAAGAAAAAAGGGUAUGGGAUUUCGAAGGGCGUGCAAAAUAAGGUCUUGGAAAAGUUUGAAAAGGAUGGAUUGGAUAGUGAUGUCGAGAAAUUGAAGGGUGCGUAUGCAUCGGGAUCGGUAGAUAAUUCGGUGGAGAAGGUUUGUUCAAGGGUGUGUAAGAUUAUUAGGAGUGAGGUUUGGGGUGAUGAUGUUGAGAGGCGGUUACAGGAAUUGGGUGUUGCAUACUCGAGUGAUAUAGUUAAGAUGGUAUUGGAAAGUGUUGGCGUUGAGUCGGCAAGAGCGUUGAUUUUCUUCAGGUGGGUGGACGAGAGUGGGUUGUUUAGGCACGAUGAGUGGACUUAUAAUGCUAUGGCCAGGGUGUUGGGGCGGGAAGAUUGUAUCGAUAGGUUUUGGAAAGUUGUUGAUGAGAUGAGAAGCAAUGGUUUUCAAAUGGAAGAGGGGACGUUUGUUAAGGUUUUGGGCCGGUUUUGUAAUAGGAAAAUGAUUAAGGAUGCUGUGGAUUUGUAUGAGUUUGCCAUGGCUGGUGCAAAUAAGCCUUCGGUGCAUUAUUGUACCUUUCUAUUGAGGAAAGUAGCAUCCGGUAAACAAUUGGAUAUGCAGCUGUUUUCGAGGGUUGUGAGGAUUUUUAAUGAGAGUGGGAAUGUGUUAACAAAUUCUGUGCUUGAUGCAGUUCUCAAGUCUUUGACCAGCGUUGGUAGGUUCGGAGAGUGCAAUAAGGUUUUGAAAGCAAUGGAGGAAGUUGGAUUUGUGAUUGGCGGUCAAUUGCAGAGUAAAACUGUGUUCAAGCUUUGUAGUACUGGUAGAAAGGAAGAGGCAAGUGAACUUUUGGAGAAUUUGGAAAAUUGCGGCUCAAAUCUAGAUCACAGGACAUGGGUUUCUUUGAUAGAGGGGCAUUGCAUAGCUGGGGAUCAUGACAAGGCUUCUGAUUAUUUCCAAAAGAUGGUUGAAAAAGAGGGAGUCUCUUCUGCAGGCCAUGCAUUUCACAUUUUGGUGAACGCUUAUUGCCGAAAGAACAGGGCUAUAUAUGCAUGCGUGCUUCUUGUUGAUCUGGUCAAAGUAAAACAGUUAAAGCCUUGGCAUACUACAUACAAAGAAUUGACAAGUAAGUUAUUGGUUCAGGGUGGGUUUAAAGAUGCUUUAAAUCUUUUGGGUUUGAUGAAAGAUCAAGGGUUCCCACCUUAUGUGGACCCAUUUAUUAAGUAUUUAUCGAAGUCUGGAACGGCUGAUGAUGCUAUUAUCUUUAUGAAAGAAAUGUCUUCGAAGGGGUUUCCGGCAACAUCCGUGUUCCUCCGAAUGUUUGAGGCCCUCUUCAAGGCUGGAAGGCAUGUAGAAGCUCAAAAUUUCCUUCCCAAAUGCCCGAGUUACAUUCGUAACCAUGCUGAUGUCUUGAAUCUCUUCUGUUCCAAUGAGUCUAGAAAAGAUGUUUCAAUAGCUAAUGUGGCUGCUUAGGAUUUGUUGGGCUGUAUUUCUUAUUGUAUCAUGUGAGGUUGAUGUAGUAUCGUAUUUCUUCAAGAAAUUUUGGUAUGCAUAUUUUCUUUCCCUUUAAAUCCAAAAUUGUUUACUGCUGGGGCAUGAUAACCUGUAGUGGUUAAUAAAACUUAUGGUACAUGAUUUUACCAAUGUUUUUCUC